CUGAACCGGGUCCUCACGCUGCUGUGGUCAUUGCUGGUCAUCUUUGAUGCUGUCAGUGAAGAGGCAGACUGGCUGACCCUCCAGUCUCCUUCUGUUGUCUUUGAAGGAGACAGCAUAGAUCUGAUGUGCCAGAAGGAAGAGAACUGGAGGAAAAUCCAGACUAUGUCCUAUUACAAGGACGGAAAAGAGUUAUAGCUGUCAAACAACGUCUCUAGCUUUUCUAUCCCACGUGCAGCUUUGAGUGACAGUGGCAGCUAUCACUGUUUUGCUACUGCUAGAAAAUUCUUCUUUCUGAAGUCAGAAGCUUCAAGAAGCAUCAGGAUUGAAGUCCAAGAGCUGUUUCCACACCCUGUGCUCACUGUCAGCCCCUCCUGGCCCACCGAGGGGAGCCCAGUGACCCUGACCUGUGAGACGCAGCUUUCUCCACAGAGGUCAAAUGCUCAGCUCCGAUUUUGCUUCUUCAGAGAUGGCAGAGCCCUGGGGCCUGGCUGGAGCAGCUCCCCAGAGCUCCGGGUCCCCGCCAUGUGGACGGAGGACUCAGGGUCCUACUGGUGCCAGGCAGAGACAGUGAUUCCCAGGGUCAGAAAACAGAGCCUCCAAUCCCAGAUUCACGUGCCCAGAGUGCCCGUCUCUAAUGUAAGCUUAGAGAUGUGGGUCCCCAGGGACCCGGUGAUCGAAGGUGGGGAUCUGGUCCUCCUCUGCUCAGUGGCCGAAGGCACAGGAAACAUCACAUUCUCCAGGAACAGAGAGGACACGGGAACCAGUGUGGGAAGGAAGACCCAGAGUUCGUCAGCGGAGCUGGAGGUCCCAGCCAUGCAAGAGGGUGACGCCGGCCGCUAUUACUGCAUAGCUGACAACGGCCAUGACCCCAUCCAGAGCAAGCUGCUAAGUAUCCGUGUGAGAAGUCCAGUGUCCCGCCCCGUCCUCACCCUCAGGGAGCCAGGAGCCCGGGCCGUGGUGGUGGGGGACAUGGUGGAGCUUCACUGUGAGGCCCAAAGCGGCUCUCCCCUGAUCCUGUACCAGUUUUAUCACGAGAAUGUCACCCUGGGGAACAGCUCGGCCCCCUCUGGAGGAGGAGUGUCCUUCAACCUCUCUCUGACCACAGAACAUUCUGGAAACUACUCCUGUGAGGCUGACAAUGGCCUGGGGGCCCAGCGCAGCAAGGCGGUACCACUCAACGUCACAGGGACCGGUGGCUACAGAAGAGACCAUGUCACAGCCAGAUUUCUCGGGGUGCUGUGUGGUGGCCUCGGUUUUAUAACUACUGCUCUGCUCUUUUAUUACUGGUCCCACAAGAUCUCAGGAGGACGCUCUGUCACUCAUGCACCCAGAGAUGCUUCCAGCACAAACCCUCAGGAGCCCACCCACUCCAACUCACUCUCAGACAUGGAGGAGAUGCAACCAGAGUAUGUCAAUGGUGAUGGGCCCUGUAGGUGGGAUGUGGUUUAUUCCCAAGUCUGGAGCACGCAGCCACCAGAAGACUCAGCAAACACCAGGACCAUUCUGGAGAACAAAGACUCCCAUGUCACCUACUCUGACGUGAAGGAGAGCACUCAGAGGAACUAG